AACAGUGCUCACAUUAUGCAGUAAUCUGGUGGUCUAUCUCUCUAGCUAGUCGAUAGUUAGACAAUUGCACAGUUAGUUGCAGUGAAAUGAUCAGCAAAGAGAUUGCAAUUUCAUGGUUUAAGGGACUUUCAGGAGAUGAUCGUAUCGAUUUAAUGUGUUUGUUGCUUGACUACUGCCUGCCUUUGGAGCUUCGCUUUAUCGGCACUUACUUGGAGUCCGCUGCUCAAAAAGAUUAUUACGGUUUUCGAACUUGUGAAAGUGCGGCUAACAAUCCAAAUGACUUGACUUAUUUGUAUCCAUUGGAAGACAUUACUAUACGAAGACGAUUGUGCCUCUAUGUUGCCCUUCUACAUUCAACCAACCGUCAGGCCGCCGCGGUGGUGUUCGGCAUACUCAGCGAUUUUCAGCCUUCGGGAAUUCUCGAUGAUGAACUAUUGACAGAAAUCUCACUGCUUUACACUCUAGCAGCAAAUCAUCCUGCAUUUUCUUUUAAUCAAAAACAUGUUUUGCGUUCGAAACUAAAGUGUAUUCGUUUGCAGUCURUUAGCACAACUUCAGAUCUCGGAGAGACAGUUUCAGAUUGUAGUACCGGCAGUUCUUUUCAAGACACCGAUCCCAUGGACAGCCCACGCUCACCGAGCUCUCCUUCUCUUGAGCUACAAGAACCCAUUGCAAAAAACGAAAAACACGAGGAAUAUUUGCCUCCUUCAAUCCCUGAAAAUCCCCCAAAAGUUUAUGUAAAAGAACUGAAAGUCAUCAAUAUCCAGAAGAAAGGAGAAACCAAACUAAAACAUGAAUCAAAGAAAAAAGAAGAUUAUGAAUACAUAAUUGAGGUUGCCUGGUCUGAUAACACCAACGACAGGAUACACAAGUCCUAUGAAGAGAUGUUUGACUUCCARUGUAAACUACGUAAAAUGUACCCGACCAAGAUUGAUGAAAAUGGCCAACCCUGGAAGCUUCCCUUUUUGCCAGGAAGAAUAAGAAUUUUUAAUAAAUCUGAACACAAAGGAGAGAGGACACCUAUCCCAGACAUUGGUGACUACACYAGGCUAUUUGGAUCUCUACCAGUGUUUGUGCGAGGCUGUGAUCAUGUGUUGACKUUUUUUCAUGUCAACACAAAAUCAAAAGGACGUGACAAAAAGCAAAAAGCUGCAAAAAAGGAAGAAAAGAAUAAAAACAAACAAGAUAACUCAAAAAGAGACAAACAAAACUGUGUGAAGUUACUUGAAAAUUCUGCUUCAAAAGAAGAAGUGAAACAACAGAACCAUUYUACAUCAAUUUUAACUGCUGAAAAGGCAAAAAAGACUGAAGAAAGUCUAAAACCAAUUAAUGGAAUCAUUAAUGAUGUUAAUAAAGAGCAACAAACGUCAAAAUCUAUAGCCAACCAAAUACAAGGCAAAAAUGGUCUUGUAAAGGUACCCAUAAUGCCGUCAUCUACAGUACCUAUCACUAGAACUCUUGGUCCUUCACUUCUCAGUACAGMUGCCCCUAAACUUGAUUCAAUACAGUCCACAUGUGAAUAUACCCAUUYGCCAAAUAUCUAUCCUGGUUCUGCACCAAUACAUCAUCUUCCACUCCUAUCUACAAGUAACAGUAUAACAACACCACAAACAUUUGACUCCUUAGUUCAUCGUUCACCUMUCUCAUCACCUAUUACAAUAAAUCAUCACCAGUCCACUACAAACAAGCUCGGCUGGAUGUACUACUGUACAAGUGAAGGCUCUUUCACCAUUCAGGAUUGGCUGAAAAACCUUCGCCUUCACAAGUAUUCGGAGACUUUUCGAGGAAAAUCUUUCCAUGAGCUGCUAAAACUUACUGACAAAGAAUUAGAGAAACUUGGAAUGACAACUGGAGCAAGACGCAAGCUCAGAGUAAAUUURGAAAUAUUAAGGAAACGUGGGUGCUUCAGUUCAGAUGGACAAAUGAUACUCGAUGUUCUUCCUAUAAUUUCUAAAGACUUUGUGUCUUGCAAUGGAUUCAUUGAUAGUGACACAGAGAGAAUGUUCAGUGAAAGUGACAGCGACUGUGGAAGUGAUACCUUUUCUGAUAUAUACUCAUUUGUGCGAGGAACAACCAAACAAAACAAGUGCCAACUGUCUUGCUACAACUGUGGUAGCUUAGGUCAUGUAGGGAGACAAUGCAUGGCACCAAACAUGGAAAAACGCCUUAACUUUGGUUACAGAUUACGCCUGGAUAUUGGACCUCAAGUCUUACAGUAGAAAUUAUAUAUUAAUAAAUAUUAAUAGUAUUAUAAUAUAUUUCAUACAUUUUUUCAUUAUGUAGUUGUAAGUAUAGACAUCAUGCUAUAUUAUAUUUGCRUUAGUUUAUUUAUGCACUAGAUGAACCUAGUCUUGGUAGUUCAAGUUUAACAGAUCAUGUUUUUCCAUUACUCAAGAGCUGCUAUGUCUCAACACAAUACCCAUCAAAGAGUUUACACUUUCUGCCAUUGAGCUAGGAAGAUAUGUAUCAGUAUCAGUUUUUGAAUUCUCAAAAUAUAACAAUAAUUUAUAAUUAAUAAUAAUAAAUAUAUUUUGUACAUAGACAAAGAAGAUUUAUGACUGAAUAACUCAUUAAAUUAUAUAUGAAGUUCUSGAGUUUUGUUAGAAGACUUUUAUGAUUCAUUUAACCAUGACACAGAACAAUUGAAGGUAAAUGGAAAUCAUUGCCCUGUUUUCAAUUUCCAUAGUUUGGUUAGUGCUAUAUAUUUGAAUAUGUUUAUAAACCAGUGAAAUAAAGCUACAUUGUAGUUACAUAACUAAUCAGAGAMUGUGACAUUAAAUUUGUUCACUCUCUUUUGGAAUUCUAUACAAUUUGAUYCAUAGAUAAAUAAUCUUAUUGUGAAAUAUUCCUUUGUUUAAUUAAUAUGGCAAUUCUUAGUUUGUGUUAUGAAGGUAACUAUCAAUAUGCAAAUGAUAAUGACAUCAAGCAAGGCUUCAUUGGAUGAAUGAACAAGUUGAAGCAGUCCUUCUGUUUUAUACAGUCUAUCUGUAAGUGCUUUUUAGUAAYAUGUGUAUUGCCUGUACAUUCUCUACUGCAAAAAAAUAAAAUGUCAUGGUUGACUGCUUUGAAUGAUAAAGCCUUCCUUGAUGAUUGAGCCUUCUUAUCUCAAAGACAAUGUCAAAAAAGUAUUAUUUCACCCUUUUAUUAUUUACUUUAUGUAGAGCUACUCAACUACGUAGAUCAACAAUGAUUGUCUCAGGUGUUGUUAGGUAUACUUUAAUGGUCACUGUUGRCCAGGUAUUUUUACUGAGCAAAACCUCUAACAGUAAAAAUGUUCAUACUCAUUUUUGUGAUAAUAAUAAUUAUCUUUGUUGACUAUUAUACAUAGAAAAGGUGCAUUAAUAGUUAUUUCAAUCUACAUAUUGUUGAUGGAAGAAAUACUAUGGAUUUCUUGGAUAAGUACUUAGCGCUAUUACACUUGAAAUACAUGUGAGAUGUAAAGAUAUAUCUUACAGAAUAGAGCAGAGUCACUUGAACCAUGAAAUAGAAACUAAAUAUUUAGUAACUAAUAGGCACUAUUUAGAUACUAUCACUGAACCAGAACAGUACAAAGAGAUUACUUUGA